AUGCUCUCGCAAGUGGAGGAGUGGAAGCUGAACGAUGACUGGUCUGAGGACGAAGAUGACGAUGGAGUUUCGGUGGAGUCGGACACUAGCAGUAGUGAUGGGGAGGUGAUUGACGAGGAAGGAAGGGAGGAGCAGCAACAGGAGGAGGAGGGGGAGCAGGACAGAGGGUACGUCACUGGUGAGCCGGAGGAGAAGGCUGAGGAGGAUGAGGAAGACGACUAUGUAGACCCCGACUUGGCAGAUUAUGGUGCUGAUGAUGACGAUGAUGAGGAUGACGAAGACUUUGCAUAUUUCGAUGAGGAUGAUGACGAUGAUGAUGACAGUAACAUGAGGAAGCUGAGGCAAAUGGCUGGUGUUGAUGGCAAGGUUCGCUUCCCUGAGGGGGAGUGCACGGCGUUGCCAGUUUUCCGAGUGGGGGAAAAAGUGUGUAAACGGGUGAGGCGGAAUAGAGUUGCUUGUAUCGAGGGCGAUACUGGGUCUGGCAAGACUACGAUAAUACCGUUGCUUCUGCUGGCUGAGGAUGACCAGGACGUGGGCCCGAACAGAGGAGCAGAAGCUGGGAGAAGGUUUGCUAAGAUAGUGUGCACUCAGCCACGGAGGAUCGCGGCAAUCCAAGUGGCUCGCAGGUUGCAGGGAAGGGAUGAUGAAGUUGCCGGCUUCUGCAACCCGAAUACCUUGGGACAAGUGACUGGUUAUCGUGUAUCGGGCCAUAGCAACGUGUCGGAAGAUACGCAGAUCGAGUACGUCACGACAGGUUACCUGUUGCAAGUGCUGAUACACAGACCCGACGAUGUUCAUCUCUUCACCCACAUUGUUCUUGAUGAAGUCCACGAACGAACUUUGGAUUCGGACUUCCUGAGUUUGAUAUGCAAGCGACUGUUGUUGAGGCCGGAAAACGGUGACACCAAAUUGGUUAUUAUGAGUGCCACUUUGAACUCGGAUCUGUUUUCACGGUACUUUGCUGAUUUGAAUAACAACUCGCCGCCCAAAGCGAUCACAAUUCAAGGCCAGAGGUUUCCUGUUGACGACAUGUAUCUAGAUGAUAUGCUACAGGACGGAGAAUUGGGGGACGAGGCGAAGAAGGCUAAGGAAGAGUUUGAGAAACUAAAGGAAAAGAUGUGCGAUUUCGACGUGGUCGUUUUUAUCGUUGCUGACUUGAGUGGCCGAGAUGAUUAUGGAUUUGCUACCGGAGGAGGGGAAAUGCCGCCAUGGGAGGAUGAUAUCAACAGGAGAGCGGAGCUAUAUAAGCCCACUCAAGACUUGCUGGUCCAUAUGCUGUUGACGAGGGCGAAGCGUGGGAGUACGACACUGGUUUUUGUGCCGGGUAAAGGGGAAAUAGAUUCUGUUAUGGAGGAUCUGGAGAGAGCUUGCAAGGGUGCCAGUCCAGAAUCUCAGAAUACGUUUGUGAACUAUGACGAGACGUUGGAGUCUUUGAGGCUGCCGUUUGGGACGGUGUAUAUACGAGUAUUCCCCUUACACUCGAAGUUGACUAAGGAUGAGCAGGAUAGAGCGACACAGCAGCCGAUGCAUGACGAACGCAAAAUCGUGCUGGCCACGAAUAUUGCCGAGUCGAGUCUGACAGUAUUGAAUGUCGACUUGGUCAUUGAUACGGGCUUAAGGCGAGAGAAUGUUUUUGACCACGAAAGGCAGGUGUAUAAGUUGACCCACACCUGGUGUUCGAAGGCCAGUGUCAGACAGAGGGCUGGUCGUACGGGGCGGGUGUGUGCGGGGACGGCAGUACGGUUGUUCACGAAGGAGUUCCAUGACCAGUACAUGGAUGAGUAUGACAGGCCUGAGAUCCUAUUCACGGACUUAACUACGUUGUUCCUGCAAGCAAAGUACGUGACUGAGUUUUGUAAGGAGGCGGCUCUACCAUCGUAUCUCUUCGAUGCAAAGCACCAGCAGUUGCUGAGUGCGCAGGAGAAGAAUAAGACUGCGGCGGGGUCGUGUAAACCGUCGGAGUUGCUGCAGGCAUUGAUAACGCCACCGAGGCAGGAGAACGUUAGGGCCGCUGUGGUGGACUUAUUCCAUGCCGGCAUUCUACUUGAGAGGCCCGAUGAGCUGAGUCCGUUGAGUCUGUUGGGAACUCUGGCGACGAGACUACAUAUUGAUGCACAUGUGACGCGUAUUGUCUACUACUCGUGGCUCAUGGGCAUCCCGGGCGAGGGGAUACUUUUGGCGGCGGCUUCGGUGCAGGAUGGCGAUGUGUUUCGCUUCGCCACUCGGUAUCAGCCUGGGUAUGAGGACCGCUAUAGAGGCGACAUGGAGAGCUCUUUUUGGUGGCGUAUUCUCUUCGAUGAGGGUGCCUUUAGCGAGCCUAUAAUGUUAAGGCGGCUUCUCGUGAAGUACAUCGAGGUGGGAAUAGCGGCGGGCCAAGAAGCAGGGUGUGGCGGGUCUACGGCUGAGAGGAUAUUCCAUAACAAGUUGAGAGACGAGUCGUGGUAUCCGGCGGCUGUGAAUCUCCAGGCCUUCAACAGCCUUGUCAAUUCGGCAAGCAAAAUCUGCCAUGAUUUCUGCAGUUGGUUGAGCGAUGACAUAGGGGAUAAGACUACUCUUGUUAUGCUCGAGAAGCUCGAUGGGCAUUUACGGGGAAAUCUGGCCGUACUCGAUAUGGGCGUAUUCCAACAAAUGUUGGCUCGAGAGGUCGAUGAGGCGAAGAGUCUAUUGUGCAUGGGUUGCAAUAAUAGGGUCAUCACGGGAGAGUACUCCCAGCGAUUGGACCCCAAAAUCGAGGAGUGUGGAGAUUUGGUGAAGUUCGAGAGGCUACCACAACAGCUGGUGAUGAGACAAGAAGACGCCUACGCGACGUCUCGGCAUAACACCCCGAUGCACCAAUUGGUAUUGAAGUUGACGGGCAAGGCGCCUGCUGGGGGAAAUGCUGAUUAUGACGGCAAUGAACACAGCUUUGAGUUCCAGCCUGGAGAGGACAAUCGUUCGGUGGACAAGAACAUUAUGAUGCGGGACUCGGAAUUCCAGUUCAUCGCUCCUGUGUCGGUGCGGCUACUGCAGGCCUUCUAUGAUGGUCGAUACCAGUGCACGGUGAAGCCUGACAGAGCGACUUGGUCGGACUGGGUGAAGCUGAAACGGCCGCUCAUACCCAACGUGAUUCGGUGGCGGAAAUACUACUCGGACACGCCGGACAUGAUAUCGGCCUCGAGGGUUAACUCCCAGUUCCACGUGCAAGUGUCACCGAGGAACCCUCCGGGGUGGCUGGGCAGCAAACCCAGCAUGUCGUCACCUGCAUCGGGGUCGGGACCGGUUGACCGCAGACCGACGGACGUGGUCGAGGGUCCUGAGCUCUAUUGGGGUAUAGUGGGGAAGAUUCAAGCGUCGUCGAGUCAUGGGGACAACAGGAGGAUCAACGACGCUCGAGCUGAUGGAGUCACAGUCCUACCCUGUCGGUGUCGGAAUAGAGUGGCGAUGGUGAUGCUAAUGGCCUUCUUGCCGUUCCGUCACGGCUUGGCUGCUAAGGUUGACGGUGCUUGGAGGAUAACCCACCUCCGCCUGGCUGGGGAUGCGUGGCGUGUUGUGCAUCCGAUGGGGCCCAUCACAGGGGAGAUGCUGGCGAGAGUGGCCAAAGUCCGGGACCUUAUGGCAGCUUCGGUAUUACUGCGUGGCCGUGACUCGACGAAGCGGCGAGCUGACACGUCGGUCGUUGUGAAGUCUGUGGUGGACGAGGAGGACCUCGAGGCUGAGAAUGUCGAGCUCUUGCAAGAGGCAAGUGCAGUUUCUUAUUCUGGAAUAAUAUAUGUUGCUAACUGUCAGGUUAGGGCUGUGCAGAAUCAGCUCAGAGAUGCAGUACGGGAUAUGAUAAGCUUGGCAUCGUCACCAACUCCGCCGAGGCCUCGGGUGACUGGUCGUGAGAAAGAGCUGUGGCUGGUGGAUCCAUCCCCCGCGAACAUCGCUCGCCGUAUGGAGCCCAACUUGAAGAAGUGCCGACUGCUUGUCCAGGCGCUACCAACCGGGGAAGGUGUUGUUGCUGAUGCCGGCACGUCUCUUAUGGACUUCUCGGAUCUCACCGAUAUAGCGCCGGCACCGUCGAACCCUUGGAAGAUUGACGACCCAGCUGAUGUUGUUGUUGAUACUCCUGCUAUCGCCGCUGGAACAGCUACUACUACGUCUACCGCUCGUGACGAGAUUGCUGCGACCGAGGUUACUCUUGCCAAGGAGGAGGUUACGGCGACACCAGCAGACGAUGAUGAACAGCGUGUAUCGAGCGAAGCGGUGGCAGCUAUUGAAUCUACGACUAUGCAGGCUUCUAUUUCGGCUGAGGCAGUAGAGGCUCUUUCGACGUCCCAAGUGGCUGAUUUGCCUGCCGCUGCCACGCCUAGCCCGGAAGACACUGCGUCUGUCGCUACCGUUGCUGAGGAGGCCUCUGUUGAUGUUGUCGGAGCAGAUGAGGUUGCAGUUGAUACGCCCACUCACCCGGUGGAAGAAAUUGAGCUACCUCCUUCUCCUCGUAUAGAGGAGAAGCCAGAAGUUGCCGUCCCACAGAAGAAAGAGCAUCCGGGUGCCGAUCCAGUGGGACAGCCGCAGGUCGAAAAACUAUCACCUCGGGAAAAGCCAACGUUGGACCCCUCAGAUGCAUCUGCAGUAUCUCUCGUGGCGAGGACAAGGAACGAAUCAGUUGCGGAUUCCGAAUUCGAGUCCUGCAUUUCUGAAACAGAGAUCAAGGAGACUCAGGCGCUUCUCGGUGGUGUGGGAGUCCCUCCGUCCUCCCGAGCCAUCCAGCCUGUCGCCUCCCCCUCACCACCGUCGCCGCGACCCCCGGUGGUGAGGGAGAGUUCUCCACCGGCACGAGAAGCUCCUCGGAGGAGGACGCCGCCUGGUGCUCCACCUGGCAGGCUGAUCGCUGCAGUAGCAGCAUCACCGUCAAGGCCACAGGUUGCCCCUGCUCGGUUGGAUCUGGAACAGAUCGUGCGACGAGCGAAUCUUGAUGGCCCCUCGAGUCGAUGCGGCGUUGAGGAUUUCGUCGUCUUCGAGGGGCGAACAGCCACCAGUGGGGCCACUGAGUGGAUCGAGACGGGAACCUCCUGGGAGGCCGGCGUACUUGGUGUCGAAGUCUCAGGGCAGUUCGAAUACGCCUGUGGAGACUUCUAG